GACGACCGUUGGGGUGCCCCCCCCCCAACUCCUCAGUCUGCGCCAAUCAGAAUCGGCCGUGGGUGACGGCUUCACAAUUUGAAUUUUUUCCUCGCGAGGCAAAGCCGCUGAGUUUCACGAGUUGGUGGAGACUUCGUUCGGCUGCCCAUCAUCAUGGCGAGAAAGAGCGAGGUGCUCGCUUCGGAGUUGGUCGCCAGUCUCAACCACGCCAUGGUGAAUCUCCGAGACAUUUGGGAGGACAUAGGAAUUCCCGAAGAACAGCGGCUGGAGCGGACACAAGUGGUUAAGAAGUACAUGGAGAGGCUGCUGAACGAGAUGGUCUCGGAGGAGGAGGCCUUGAAGGAUCGGUUGAUGAAGAGCGUCGCCACUUGCAAGAUGGAACUGCAGGGGCUUUGCUCCGACCUCUCUCUCCCGGCCUUCCAGCCGGACGAGAACCUGACGCUGCUGCAGCUGGAGAAGGACACGCGCACGCGCAUGGAGACGCUGGUGCGCGAGAAGCGGGAGCGCCUACGCGAGCUGCAGAGCCUCGACGACGCCGAGGAGCGGCUGUGCGGCGUGCUGUGCGAGCGGCGCCCCCACCGGCCACCGACCUCCGGGCCCGUGCCUUCCAUCGAGCAACUCGCGCUCCUGCGACAGGCGGUGGCGACGCUCGUCGCCGAGAAGACCCGCCGCCAGGAGCUGUUUACGCAGACGCGGCAGCAGAUCGUGAUGUGCAUGGCGCAGCUAGAGCGUUCGCCGGACUCAUCGUUUGAGCGCGACGUGGCGUGCGAGGACGAGGAGGAGUUCUGCCUCUCCAAGGACAACAUCUUGAGCCUCCAGACGCUCCUCACUCAGCUGGAGCGCGAGUGUGCUCUGAACGACGAGGUAUGCUCCGAGUUGCGCGACGAGGUGGGGAGGCUGUGGGAUCGUCUGAACGUGGAGCAGGGCGAGCGGGACGCCUUCACUGCCUGCGUUCACGACAGCAAGCCCUCCGACAUGGACAAGCUUAAGCAGGAGCUGUCGCGCCUCGUGGAGCUGAAGAGGCAGAACGUGCGCACGGUGUUGGCGGGCGUGCGCUCAGAGAUUGCCGCGCUCUGGGAGAAGUGCUACGUCAGCGAGGAGGAGCAGCGAGCGUUCACCCCCUACCACAGCGACGACGCGACGGAGGAGCUGCUGGUUCAGCAUGAGGAGGAGGCGAACCGGCUGCGGGGUCACCACGAGCAGCACCGCGCCCUCUACGACGGCGUGCGCCGCUGGGACGCGGCCUGGCAGCAGUACCUGGAGUUCGAGCGGCGAGCCGCAGACCCCAACCGCUUCUCGAACCGCGGGGGCAGCCUGCUGCGCGAGGAGAAACAGAGGGCUCACCUGCAGAAGGGGCUGCCCAAGCUGGAGGAGGAUCUGAAGGCCCAGAUUGCCGUGUGGGAGGAGCAGGCCGGGCGGCGGUUCCAGGUGGCGGGCCGGCCCCUGCUGGACUACAUCGCGGCGCAGUGGGAAGCUUUCAAGCAGGAGCGCGAGCGGGAGAAGAUUGAGAGGCAGGUGAAGAAGGUGCGCACCCUGGAGGAGGAGAUGGCGUACGGGAGCCAGCCUAAGACGCCCUCGAAGCGCCGCUUCUGUGGCACCAACACUCCCAACAAGACGCGCAGGAUGAACGCCACCACCGUUGCGCAGACGGGCAUCAACUCCACACUGUUCCGCUCGGCCGCGAGCGGCACCAUGUGCAACUCCCCGGUAUCCGCCAACGGCAAACCCCCCACCUCGGAGCGCAAGACCCCCGGUCGCACGUGCGGGCGCCCCCCGCGCCCCCCACUUGCAGAGCACAACUCAAGGACCCCGAGCAGAGCGCCAACCCCCACGUCCUCGCUCAAAUGCGUCGCGUCCUACUCGGAGUUCACGAGGGACCUGUCGCAGGCUCGUGGAAACAACUUCCAUCAGGAUAUCCUCAACUCUACAGUCACGUCACUGGGCAAGCACUGACGGGUGGGGGGGGCCCCCCCACCGGUGCGAGCGAGAGAGGCGUUUGGCCAAGCAGCUGCAAUUGCCGCCCGCGCGCCGUUUAUGCUCGCCACGGCCUUAAACCGUUUAAAAGUCCGCUUUCACGUCACGUUUGAACGCUGCCUGCACACACACCAAUGAGCUUCUGUAGUUCCGAUGUAUAUAAAGCGAGCGAGCGUGCGUGCGUCACUUUCGGACCCUCGACAGUUGUGUUGUUCUGAUGGGGGUUUUUUUUUUAUUUUUCAUUAACGUAGUGGGGUGGUGGGAGGGGAUUGUAGGCGAUAAUUGAGAGGAACUGGGAGGUACGAGUGCUGGCCUCUAAUUUUAUCGAGCGUCUUGGAUAUAUUUGUAAGCUAAGUGUGUGUGUGUGUAUAUGUUGCACGCCCAUGGGGGAGCGGUGGCGUAGCGGUUAGCACUAUGGCGCUGCGCUACGAACCCGGCCACCCGAGUUCGAUUCCCGCUCGCGGCCAGGGCCGGUGACGAUCAUCCAAACUGGCAGCGGGCCUCCCCUAGGUCGACUCGGCCUCAAAUGAGUACCUGGUGGUGCGGUGUGUAAACAUCGCCAUUGGGGAGACAAAGGCUAGUUAUUCACUUGACAGAAGAAGAAAAAUGUCUACUAAGGCACCUUGAAGAUAUAGUUAAGAAUAAUAAACAAAUAGCGCUGGCUGUGUUUCUAAUGAGAUUUUCCUUGGAAUUAAAUGACCAUUAAUCCGCCAAUCGCAGUGGUCUGAUGGAUCCGUGUAUCUUAGUAGCAUUCCCUUAAAACAUGAGACACUGCUGCACACCCGGCUUUGACUUGAUGGCCUCUCGUCAGCAGGCCACCGUGGGCCUUUGACGCGUGGGGUCGCGGGCCCGCAAAGGUCCGACGGACGUUGCCGGUCGCAAGCGGAUUCGUGGCGCGUUUAAAAGUGCGAUGUUUGAGUGCUUUCGUUGGGUCAUCGUUUUUUAACACUACAGCAAUUCCUGCUUUAAGAAUGUAUAUUCUGUGAUGUUUGCAAUGAUUGCUCAUUACGUAGUGACGGUGCAUUUGUACGAACAAAAAUAAACUACCCUUUUUAAAGUGGCAAAUGUCAC